UCCGCCCUCCGCAAGCAUGAAGGACAGCGGGGACUCCAAGGACCAGCAGCUCAUGGUGGCACUCCGGGUCCGGCCCAUCAGUGUGGCAGAGCUGGAGGAAGGAGCCACCCUCAUCGCCCACAAAGUGGACGAGCAGAUAGUGGUUCUCAUGGACCCCACGGAGGACCCUGAUGACAUCCUACGGGCGCACCGCUCCCGGGAAAAAUCCUACCUGUUUGACGUGGCCUUUGACUUCACUGCCACCCAGGAGAUGGUUUAUCAGGCCACCACCAAGACCCUCAUUGAGGGCGUCAUCUCAGGCUACAAUGCCACUGUCUUUGCCUAUGGCCCCACAGGCUGUGGGAAAACCUACACCAUGCUGGGCACAGACCACGAGCCUGGCAUCUACGUUCGGACCCUCAAUGACCUCUUCCGUGCCAUCGAGGAGACCAGCAACGACAUGGAAUAUGAGGUGUCCAUGUCCUACCUGGAGAUCUACAAUGAGAUGAUCCGGGACCUGCUGAACCCCUCCCUGGGGUACCUGGAGCUGAGGGAGGACUCCAAAGGGGUGAUCCAGGUGGCCGGAAUCACUGAGGUCUCCACCAUCAAUGCUAAGGAGAUCAUGCAGCUGCUGAUGAAGGGGAACAGGCAGAGGACCCAGGAGCCCACGGCCGCCAACCAGACAUCCUCCCGCUCCCACGCCGUGCUCCAGGUGGCCGUGCGCCAGCGCAGCCGGGUCAAGAACAUCCUGCAGGAGGUGCGGCAGGGCCGCCUGUUCAUGAUUGACCUGGCUGGCUCUGAGCGUGCCUCCCAGACACAGAACCGUGGGCAGCGCAUGAAAGAGGGGGCCCACAUCAACCGCUCCCUGCUGGCCCUGGGCAACUGCAUCAACGCACUGAGUGACAAGAGCAGCAACAAGUACAUCAACUACCGCGACAGCAAGCUCACCCGGCUCCUGAAGGAUUCCCUGGGCGGGAACAGCCGCACAGUGAUGAUCGCCCACAUCAGUCCAGCGAGCAGCGCCUUCGAGGAGUCCCGCAACACCCUGACCUAUGCUGGCCGGGCCAAGAACAUUAAGACCAGGGUGAAGCAGAAUCUGCUCAGCGUCUCCUACCACAUCGCCCAGUACACCAGCAUCAUCGCUGACCUGCGGGGCGAGAUCCAGCGGCUCAAGUGCAAGAUUGAUGAGCAGGCUGGGCGGGGCCAGGCCCGGGGCCGCCUGGAGCGGGGUGACAUUCGCCACAUCCAAGCCGAGGUCCAACUGCACAGUGGGCAGGGCGAGCAGGCCGAGAUGCGACAACUGCGGGAGCAGCUCAUCAGUGCUUUCCAGGAGCAGAUGGACGUGCGGAGACGCCUGCUGGAACUGGAGAACCGCGCCAUGGAGGUCCAGAUCGACACCUCCCGCCACCUGCUCACCAUUGCCGGCUGGGAGCACGAGAAGUCGCGCCGGGCCCUCAAAUGGCGGGAGGAGCAGCGGAAGGAGUCCUACACCAAGGAUGACAGCGAGAAGGACUCAGACACAGGCGAUGACCAGCCAGACAUGCUGGAGCCGCCCGAGGUGGCCUCAGCCCGGGAGAGCAUUGCAGCCUUGGCGGGCGAGCAGAAGAAGCUGCACAAGCAGAAGGUGUCCAGGGUUUGGGGGGCAGCGGGAGGAGUGAGACCUGGGAGCUCGGGCUACACAUGCUGUGUGACCUUGCUAAGUUCCUUAACCUCUCUGUGCCUCAUAUGCCUCAUCUGUAAAAUGGGAGCAGUCAUGCUGCAGCCCUCAUGGGGUCGUUGGGAAGAUUUCCAGCGCCUGCAAAACAGCACCCUCCCUCCCCUCAGCACGGAGAGUGAAGCCCACCGCAUGUUCAAGGCCAGUCCCGGGGCCUGGCAGGUGAAGAGCUCCUCUGUGCCCACCCCACCUCCAAUCCAGAUCAGCAGCCUGGUGACCCAGGAGGGCCCCCCUCAGGACAGCCUGGGCAGCCGGAUCAUCUCUUCCCCCGACAGCAGCGAGAAUCUGUCAGAGGUCCCCUUGUCCUGCAAAGAAAGGAAGGAGAUCCUGACGGGCACCAAGUGCAUCUUGGUGAAGGCUGCCCGGCGGCGCUCACAGGCCCUGGGCCCUGAGGGGUGCCACCUGCUGGCGCCCGCGACAGAGCACAGUAGCCUGUCCCUGCACUCGCUGAGUGAGGCUGAGGAUGCACAGCCACCAGGCCCGCUGGCCUGCAAGCGACCACCCAGCCCCAUGCUGCAGCACACUGCCAGGGAGGACAACCUGUCCAGCAGCACAGGCGAGGCCCCAUCCCAAGCAGUCGAGCAUCGCAGUGAUGGCCCCAGGCCCUGGCCGCGUGGCCAGAAGAAAAGCCUGGGCAAGAAAAGGGAGGAGUCGCUGGAGGCGAAGAGGAGGAAGCGGAGGUCCCGGUCCUUCGAGGUCAUGGGGCAAGGGCUCUCCCGCCCCAAGACACACCUCCUGGGGCCCUGUCCCACGGAGGGCAUGUCGGACCACAGGAUGCCAGUGUGUGGCCACCCAGCCCCUGGCAUCCGGCAUCUGGGAAAGAUCACGCUGCCUUUGGCCAAAGUCAGGUUCCCUCCGAGCCAGAACACGGGCCCUGGGGACCCUUCGCGCCCUGCUAUUCCCCCCAACCCAGCUGGCACUUCCCCACGGGUUACUCGUGGGCCCCACCUGCCCCACGGUACAAGCACCCAUGGCAAAGAUGGACGCAUCCGGCAUAACUGAGGGGCCCUGCCUGGAACCAGCUCUCCUG